GCACAUUCAAAGUGUAUUGAUAACUUCAGAUUUAACAUGUGUUUUUAACUCAAGGUACAAACACAGUAAUACAAAGGCAGAGUGCAGAAUUCACAUUUCCGGGUAAUUGGUAAAAAAAAAUGUUGGGAUUGUUUUUAGGGCUCAAAUUCAUCGUUGAAUUUUUUUUUUACAAAAUGGUAUUUUGUGUUAUCUACUUCCAACACAAUUGGCUGGAUAGUCAAGUGAGAGAGAGAUAGUGUCGAUCUCAGAAAUGCAUGGAAGUGGGGAAUGGAAGAUUAUGCUGUCACAAAUGGUGUUUGGUUAAGAUAACCAGGUUGUAAAAAUGUCUUGAGGGUUUCCAUUUGGUCAGUGUAGUGAACAAAGUGAAUCUUUGGGAUGGAAGGAUGUGAGGGUGAGCUGUUGAGUGGGAUGAAUCACUUGAUCCCUCGAUGACCCUGGACCAAACUGUAUUCAAAGCAUUAUGACAUGGAUACAACCGUCAAAUUGUAGGGAGGACAAUUGUUGCUUUGCCACUUUUGUAUACUUUUGUGAUGAUCAUUAAAGACAUCAACAGAUGAAUUGGCUUAUCUAAUAUUUCAUAAGAGAGAAAGCUUUUGUCACAAACAUGACUUUCUAUGAACAAUGCAAUAAUCAAUGCAGCUUGCAUUAUAACACAAUAUGGAAGCAUGCAAAAAAUAGGUUUCAGUUUUAUUUUAUUUCUAAUCUUUCCUUUCUAUGUCAUUAAAGGAAAAGCUGCUCUUGUAUUAGAAGGAGAUCUUGUGUCUGGCUGUGAGUUUGCGCGCAUGCUAUGCGUAGGCUGAAUCGCAAUCGUGUAACGACAAAUCAGAUUGGCCAAUACACACUGAAGAUAAAUUAAAUAAUUUUAAAAUUACAAAAAUUAUCCCUCUCUGGCGAACAGAAUGUUGCAGCAGGCAAAAAAAAUAAUAAUAAUUCAGAUUAUUAAUUGAUCUGCAUCGAGACAAAAUCGUUCUAGCGAGAAUCGCGAUGCAUCGAAGAAUCGAUUAUUUUUCCCACCCCUAGUAAAUACGCUAUAGACAUGGUCACUUUUAUCAGCAAUGAUAUUCUGGGUACUCUAUUAGGUAUUGUUUGUGUGGAAAUACCUUCCUGACUGGCCCUCUAAAAUACAGCUUAAGCAAGCUUAAAGGUUCCAGAGGCUGGUAUUAUUCUCUUGAUUUGGUUUUCAGAGACAUACUGUGCAUUGCCUUGGCAUCUUGCUUUUAUAUAGUUUCAAAUAUCGAAUGAUUGUUUGAACACCAGAUACAUUUUCUAGUUCUACUCUCCUGGUAUAGUUCUAUUCAGGUGGGAGAGAACAUGGUCUAGUUGAUAUUUGCCAUUGAGGCAAACAAACACAGACCAUGUAUAUUUUUUAUUCAAAUAUGGAAUCAUAUGCAAAGUAUUUUUUGAAAGGUAUCAAACAAAUACUUCAAUGGUUUCCAUCAUAGGCAAACAUAUUGCCAUGCCAUCUGAUGGGGCUAACAUAAAGGCAAAUGUUGCAAUGUAUUCAUUAUACUCCAGUUAGGCAGAAUGUAAUUAUAUUGAUGCAAAAUAUUGCUAAUUCUGUUAUUUUUGUAUGCAAAGUCAGAUGUCUUUAUAGAAUACGUUUUUGUAUUGGGAUUUUGCAAGCGCAUUAGGCGAGUUAGUUUGGAAGAUCACAUCACACCUUGACUCGGCCCUAAGUGAGUAGAAGCUCAACAUUUGUUUCACCUUUCAGUAUCUAAAAUGGGAGAUAAUUUCUUUCGCGGGAAAGGCGAGCACAGCUGUCUUAGCUACAUCUCUUUUUAUAAUAACUUGGAGCAGCAGCUUAGCACUUGACAACAGCUAGACAAGAUUAAUGAAAUGGAUGUUUGUAUAUGAGGCUGUCAUUUUUUGUUUUUGAUUGUUGUAUAUGUUCGGUUUAGCAUUAGGGUUCCAAACAGAAUGAAAGCUGAUGCUUAUGCCAAAAGCGUUUUUUCUUUUUUGCCAAUGACUGCACAUUUAAACGUAUUCAUUAUUUAUUAAUUUUCCACAAUGCUUAUAAAAGAAGAUAUUCGUAUUGACUAUUGUGUUCACUUUACAUACAAUACAUUGCUUUAAAUCCAGUCUUUUCAAUUUUUUAGCGCUGUAGACAAUUUCUUAUUUCAUCGAUAUUUAUGUGUACUUUCAUGAAAACAAAUAGAAGUUAACCCUUGGUAAGAUCCGGGGCUCACUUUGGUGUUUUCUACUGUGCAUUUCCUAUUGAAGAGUUGGUCACGAUAUCAUUAAAAUUGCUUUUGUCAGCAAAUUAACAAGAAUGAAGUUGUCUAAACAAGAUAGCCAACACCAGUAGAAUUUCCCUUUGUAAAGGUCAAUAUUACGCUACUGCCCUAAAGAACCAAUUCCCUCCUCAUUUUUUAAACAUGCCAACAGAAUAUCAUUUGAUUUGCUACUCCCGUCACAUGGGUGGUCAGGCUCCAUGUCACACAUUAGAUUAGAUUAGCCUUUAUUGUUUCCCUUUGGAGACAUUUGUCAUUGGUAUUCGAGAGAACACAAGGGAGGUGGCCGAACACAGCCUCCUCAUAUACCGACAAUUCAUAUAAAAUGGUAAUAUAAUUAUUAUUUGAAGAUUCAAAACAUAGACCAUAAUGUCACUUUAUGUUAUGUGACCUCCUAAGGAGCUGAUUGAUCAAACAAAAUAUAUCAGAUAAAACACUGAUUUAUUAAAUCUUUCAAAAUACCUUGCCAAUGAAAAAACAAAGGGCUGCUUUGUUAGGGAGACCCUUUUGACAUUCACACACGAUCACAAUGCUCGAUCACUUAAUAAAGAAUAACGAAAUCACCCCAGAUCAAAGGGUCAAACCUUAUCAUCUAGCUGCAUGGCCUGCCGGGUUUCAAAUAGGUACAUUUACAUUGGUAAAUUUAGCAUUUGGGUCCUGUGGCAUACAAGCCAAUCGCAGAUCCUAGAGACCUUCUGUAAUCUGCCCUCUUGGUUCUCUGCUUAUCCUCUUAAGUGUCUGGGUGUGUGUACGGUACAUACGCUCUUUCAUUGCUCUUCUUAGAAGAUGGAUUGUAGACUUGCUCUCUCGGUUCAGACACACAGAAUAUUUUACUUUUCAAGGGACAUUUUCACAAUGUCACGGUGCAGAGAAUACCCUUUGGGUUUUCCUCCAAGCUGCCCUCACAAGGAGUCUUCUAUGGUAGCAGCCAGAACUUGGCCGAGCUUCACCUAGCAUGUUCAGUGGAUAAUGGUAUUGUUCCUCUGCUGCCAUUCUGAGAGAGUCGCACCUCUGGUUGAGGAGUCUGAUAUCAUCGACUUGGAGAAACGCUACUGGCUGCUCAAAGCACAGUCUAGAACCGGACGUUUUGACUUGGAAACCUUCGUCCCGCUAGUCUCCCCACCUAUCCACGGCUCGCUGAGUGAAGGCCUGUUUCAUGCUUUUGACGAGAACCGGGACAAUCACAUUGACUUUAAAGAGAUCUCUUGUGGUCUAUCUGCGUGCUGCAGGGGGCCCGUUGCUGAAAGACAGAAAUUCUGCUUCAAGGUGUUCGAUGUGGACCGUGAUGGUGUGCUGUGCCGCGAUGAGCUCCAUGAGAUGGUGGUUGCACUGCUGGAGGUUUGGAAGGACAAUCGCACAGACAACCUCCCUGAAUUGCACAGUUCUGUGUCGGACAUAGUGGAGGGCAUUCUCACGAUGCACGACAACACCAAACAGGGCCACCUGACCCUAGAGGACUACCAAAUCUGGAGUGUUAAGAGUUCCCUGGCCAAUGAGUUCCUCAACUUGCUCUUCCAGGUAUGCCACAUAGUCCUGGGUCUAAGACCUGCUACCCCUGAAGAGGAGGGCCAAAUAAUCAGGGGCUGGCUAGAGAGAGAAAGCCGACAUGGACUGCAGGUGGGCCAGAACUGGUUCCUCAUAUCCAUGCUGUGGUGGCAGCAGUGGAAGGACUAUGUUAAAUAUGGAAAACAUCUCUGGUCUCUUGUCCAGGAGCAGAAGGGCAUUGUGGUGGAGCAGCCCUCCAUCCUGAGCUCCCUGCGGAGCCCCAUGCCCACGGCCAUGCUGGACCCUGUCUCUCUGGAGGGGGCGGGGGGGGCCCAGGGAACCCCGUUCAGUCCCUCUGAGGAGCGGUCUCCAGACGCCGUGUCCAGCGCGUCAGAGGCCACGGAGGCCGCCCUCAGCCCCCAGACGGUUCCCUCGGCUACCGAGAGCUGUUUUGCUCGUCAGCACAACGUGUCAGACAACAACAACCAGUGUUUCUCCGGCCCAAAUGGCUAUCUCCCCUCCCAGCUGGUAGCCCAGAGGCCAGGGGCCAUAGACAACCAGUCCCUGGUCAACACUGACGCCAUGAAGGCUCCCACCCUGACCAUGGAGGGGGGGCGGCUCAGGAGCGCCCCGCAGCUGCUGGCUACCAGGGACUUUGAGACCGUGCCGGAGCCGGUGUGGCGUGCGCUCUAUCACUGGUACGGUGCCAACCUGAGCCUGCCGAGACCGGUGAUCCAGCACAGCACGGUGGGCCAGGCAGAGCUGGAGCUCUUCCCCCGAUAUCUCCUCUUCCUGCGCCAGCAACCGGCCACCCGGUCUCCCCAGUCCAACAUCUGGGUCAACAUGGGUAUGACCAGCCUGCGAAUGUACCCUCAGCAUUUAGGCCAACUGCUUCCUCGAGCAGGUAAUGUGCCGUCACCCAAUGCCCCCCUCAAGCGGGUGUUGGCCUACACGGGCUGCUUCAGCCGCAUGGCCACCAUCAAAGACAUCCACCUCUACCUGUCCCAGAGGCUCCGAAUCAAGGAGGAGGACAUGAGGCUCUGGCUGUACAACAGCGAGAACUAUCUCACCCUCCUGGACGAUGAAGACCACACACUGGAAGGUCUGAAGAUCCAAGACGAGCAGCACUUGGUGAUUGAGGUCAGGAACAAGGACAUGAGCUGGCCAGAGGAAAUGUCUUUUAUUGCAAACAGCAGUAAGAUGGACAGACAUAAAGUACCUACGGAAAAGGGUGCCACUGGCCUCAGUAACCUUGGCAACACGUGCUUCAUGAACUCAAGUAUCCAGUGUGUGAGCAACACCAAGCCUCUCACCGACUACUUCAUCUCCGGGAGACACCUUUAUGAGCUCAACAGAACCAAUCCCAUCGGGAUGCGAGGACAUAUGGCCAAGUGUUACGGAGACCUGGCCAUGGAGCUGUGGAGUGGGACCCAGAAGAACGUGGCUCCACUCAAACUCAGGUGGACUAUAGCAAAGUAUGCACCACGCUUCAACGGCUUCCAGCAGCAGGACUCCCAGGAACUGCUGGCCUUCCUGCUGGACGGCCUCCACGAGGACUUGAACCGUGUCCACGACAAGCCCUACGUGGAGCUGAAGGACAGCGACGGACGGCCCGACUGGGAGGUGGCCUCGGAGGCAUGGGAAAACCACCUGCGUAGGAAUCGCUCCAUCGUCGUGGACCUGUUUCACGGGCAGCUCAAGUCCCAGGUGAAGUGCAAGACGUGUGGCCACAUCAGUGCCCGAUUCGACCCCUUCAACUUCCUGUCCCUGCCGCUGCCCAUGGACAGCUCGAUGCACCUGGAGAUCACUGUCAUCAAACUGGACGGUUCCACCCCCGUGCGCUUUGGAUUGAGGCUAAAUAUGGAUGAAAAGUACACAGGGCUCAAGAAGCAGCUGAGCGAACUGUGCACCCUGAAACCCGAACAGAUCCUAUUGGCUGAGGUCCACACUUCCAAUAUUAAGAACUUUCCACAGGACAACCAGAAAGUGCGACUUUCAAUCAACGGCUUUCUGUGCGCUUUUGAGAUUCCUGUUCCUGGCUCUCCAACCUCUCUCACCACCCCUACACUCACAGAGGUAACGCCAGUAGCCAAUGGCUCAACAGCUAACGGGCAUGUGGGCGGCAAGCCUGUCCUCAUGGCCAACAGCAGGCCAACCACGCCGGUGCCCUGCAGUCCAGAGACUCCCCUGGCCAACGGGAUUCCUAACGGGCACAUCGCACUGCUGCAGGAGAGCCCCUUCAUUGGCUACAUCAUCGCUAUGCACAGGAAGAUGAUGCGGACAGAGCUGUACUUCCUGUCGUCUCAGAAGAAUCGGCCCAGUCUGUUCGGCAUGCCACUCAUUGUGCCGUGCACCGUUCACACCAGUAGGAAGGACCUGUAUGACGCCGUGUGGAUCCAGGUGUCCAGGCUAGCCAGCCCACUGCCCCCACAGGAGGCCAGCAACCAUGCCCAGGACUGUGAUGACAGCAUGGGCUACCAGUACCCCUUCACGCUCCGGGUGGUCAGCAAGGACGGCAUCUCCUGUGCCUGGUGUCCAUGGUACAGGUUCUGCCGGGGCUGCGCAAUAGAGUGCACAGACGACAGGGCCUCUGUGGGGAAUGCUUACAUCGCCGUGGACUGGGACCCCACAGCAUUGCACCUCCGCUACCAGACAUCCCAGGAGAGGAUAGUGGAGGAGCACUGCAGCGUGGAACAGUCCCGCCGGGCCCAGGCCGAGCCCAUCAGCCUGGACAGCUGCCUGAAGGCCUUCACCGGGGAAGAGGAGCUGGGAGAGGAUGAGCUCUACUACUGCUCCAAGUGCAAGACCCAUCGUCUGGCCACCAAGAAGCUGGACCUCUGGAGGCUGCCCCCCAUACUGAUCGUUCAUCUAAAGCGCUUCCACUUCGUGAACGGGCGCUGGAUCAAGUCCCAGAAGAUCGUCAAGUUCCCCCGGGAGAGCUUUGACCCCAGCGCCUUCCUGGCCCCGCGGGACCCGGGGCAGCAGCACAGCCUACACUCCCGCAGCGAGGGCGAAGAGCUGCUGAGGCUAGGCGAGGACAACCUCUCCUCCAUCUCUGCCCCGGCCGGCUUCUGCAACCUCCCUAAAGCUUCUCCCGCCUCAGACAGGAAGUCGUCCCCCUCGCUCAGCAGAACCAGCAGCCCCUCCGGCAGCCCAAAGACCGGCACCGGCGGCCGUAAACAAGGCCGGCUCCGCCUCCCCCAGCUGGGCAGCCGGCACCGCCUCUCCAACAGCAAGGAGAACCUAGACGCCCAGAGCUCCAGGGAAGGGGCCAACCAUGAGGCCCGGGAGGACGAGGCGGAGUCUGCCUUGGGGUCAGGGUCGGAUACUGGCCCUAACCCGGGACCGUGCGGUGACGCGAGGGGCGCCGCCGAGGCUUCAUCCGCCACAGCGGCCUCCGCCAACCAGUGCGAGCUGACGCUGGUGAACGGCGAGGGCGCGGAGAGCACCCUGGAGCCCACGUCGGACUGCAGCACGGAGAGCGCCGUGGACUCUGAGGGCUCCCUGCUGCAGCAGGGGGACGGAGCGCUGGAGGCCAUGUACAACCUCUAUGCAAUAUCAUGCCACUCUGGAAUAAUGGGAGGUGGCCACUAUGUUACCUACGCCAAAAACCCCAACAGGAAAUGGUACUGUUAUAACGACAGCAGCUGUAAGGAAUUGCGCUCAGAGGAGAUUGAUGCAGACUCCGCCUACAUCCUCUUCUACGAGCAACAGGGGGUGGACUAUUCCCAGUUUCUGCCAAAGACCGAUGGCAAGAAGAUGGCUGACACCAGUAGUAUGGACGAGGACUUUGAGUCGGACUACAAAAAAUACUGUGUCCUGCAGUGAUAUCACAGUAGUCUUCCAUUGCCCGAAGCAAUGUGCCAGAUCCAUCAUUAUGAUUUACCCCUUCAACUCACUGGCCAGUGUAUGAGUAGAGAAAAAAAUCUCACACUGCAUAACAAACUAAAAUAAUGGGGUCAAACGUCAUGGAACAAUGGAUCCUUAGUUGGAGGAUGCGCUACAGCACUUGAAGUUGGGGAUGAAAAAUAGAGAAUUUAUAGUAAACGUUUGUAUUCCGGGUGAAAGCACUAAACUGGUGCACUUUACUGAACCCAACAUACAUGAAAUCCAUUUAAUUUUAAACAGGCAGUCAAUGCCAAGCAUUUAGAAAAGUAACAUAUUUGCAUACAAACGCAUUUCUGAAUGUAUGUCAGUAUGGCCAACACAUGACCUAAUGCGGUUUCCUGUGCAUUCAACUCUUUGCCAUCCGGAUGAAGAGCAAAAGGUAAGUUAUCAUGCAAACGGUGUGGUACUUUCAGAGAAGGUUCACAACAAGAACGUUGAAAUUCUGUAUCUAGUAUAAAGUCACAUUAAUAUUGGAUACUGUCUUGAAAUGGUUUCCUCCAGAUGCUCUCUGAUGUAGCUAGGGUCACUAGGACAAAAGAUCACAUGCUACCUCAUCAAUAUCUGCAGUCCAUUGGCCAACCAUCAUCUAGUAGCAGUUUGUAACAGUAUUACCACAUUUGUAGCAUGUAAUUACCAAAUACAUGCAUCCUUUCAAAAAUAGCUCCAAUAUUGGAAAAAACAUUUGGACAAAGUUUGCAUGAAUCCGGCCCUCUUAAACCACUGCAAAUACCUCGGUUUUGUGCAAUUGGCAGGCGUAUCCGAAAAAAUAUCCAAUGAUAGACUCUUGGCUUUUAUUUAGCACCUUUUUAGAGCUGGCUGGACCGGUGCCAUAGUGUACGAUUUCCGAAGACAGUUUAGAAAAUGAACCAUCAAUGUUGGUUAUUUUCCCUUUAUUUUCCUCAUUCAACCAUUUCAUAAUUUUUUUAUAGAAUUUAUUUUCUUAUAGAUUCAAUAUCUUAAAGAAGUCAUACUUUGUGUCAUACAGUAUGCUCCCAUUCCAACUGUUUAAAAUUAAAGAGAAUAGAAUCACCUAUCAGGGUUAGUUAAUUAGUCUGCACUCAUAAUGCCAUAUUGUGAAGAAUACUGCACUGCUUCAUAUGCCUUAGCUGCCAGAGCAACGUUUGGCUUUCGGAGCACUCGCACAUUAGUACAUUUUCUCCAAGCAGUUAACAUUGCCAUUCAUAUAUGAGGGCAACCUCUCUUCCCCGCCCUUCCCCCCUCUGCAUUUCUCCACCUGUCUAGGUAGUUUUAGAAUAAUGCUGUGCUCAUAAGAUCCUUUAAAUAGUAUUCAGUUAGUGCCACUCUAUUGAGAGACACUAUCGAGGUGUGGCGACAAGAUGAGGUUGAAACAGUAACCAGGUUUUAAGCCAAACCAGACAUGGGAUGUUGCAUCUCUAUUCAAAAACUGAAAAUCCAGUGACCUGUGUGUCAUCAGCGUUCAUGAUUCCCCUGCCACUUUUUGUGUUUUCUCACUCAUGAUUUUGAUUUACUGCACCUAGCCAAGCCACUCGCCAAAUAACAUAAGACGUCUGUCUGGGAUUUGUGUAAGGAGCCAAUGCCCAGUGUCCCAAGACGGCCAACACUGGACCCAUUUUAUUAUUAUCAUUUUAAGCAGUACAACUUUCAAUUAAUUGUAUUUAUGUUUUACUCGAGUCAGGUUGUUGUGCUAGAUACCAAUACAUUUGCCUAGUGGUUAAUUGGCGACAACGGAGAAUAGCAAAGGAAUUGACACCACAGUAUCAAAGGCGAAUGCCGUUAUUAAAGAUUCACAUAUUUAUUGCUGAAGGUGAAAUACUUUGUAUCUUAAUACUUGUAAUUUGUAUUAUCUGAUACUUUUAAUGGAUGAAUUAUUCCCCAGCCAGCUGUGUUUUGGAUCGUUAUGAUUUGCUCUUUCCCUGCACCCGUUUCACUGUUAUUUCACUGUUAUCACAAUUUCAGAUUUCCACCUCAUUCAAACAUUUAUUUGAUCCAUUGCACCACCUGCUGUUGUGGUUGUUGGAGAUAUUCAGUCCUAAUAAUUUGAUCCAAAUAUCCAGUCUCAUAUAAUAGUUAAUACCAACGCUUAAGACAUCACUUGGUUUAUCCAGGUUUAUCUGCUUUUUUGAAGCUGAACUCCGGUUUUCAAAAGUUAGCAAAGGAUCACUUUUCUGUCUUGUCUCCCACACGCCAUCUAAUGUAUUUAGCUGCUUUAUUUAUUUUUAAAGAGGGCUGUGGUGGAUGAUGGCAGGACUGGUCGUAUGUAAGCUUGUUUUCCCCCUUGUUGAGAACAUGUUUGUCGAACAAAUGUUGAUUGCGCUGUCAUUGUAAUGUAUCCAAGCCUGUUGUUUGUCUUUACUUCUCCAUCGUAUCAUGCAAAUUGUGAACAUGUCUUGCUGUCCAAAUUAUCUGACUAGGUAAGGUUGUGGGUAGUGGCUCAAAGGGAACAUUUUAAUUUAGUAUUGUCUUGACGAAACCAAUGUUGCUUAGCUUGGAUUUUGAAGGUGAAAUAACAGUCUAUCAAGAAUGAUUUUACAGUGAUGUGCUCUGUUAUUUUCUUAUGCUCACUGAAAACCUUUUGAUUGGCAGAAAUGCUAACAAAUUAUUUAAUAUUGUGUUACAUUUCCCAAAAUCUGGGAAUUAAGGAAAACUCCCAGUGAGAUUCUAUAUUCAACAAAGGAGAAAGAUAAAUGUAAAAUUCGGACUUGUAGAAGACUUAAAAAACACUAAAAUAAUGUUUAUGUCAUUGCCAAAAAAGUCAAAUGAAAAAAAUUGAAGCACUGGCUACAGUGCAGUCUACUACUGAACCAUCUAUUGUCUGUAAUCUUGUUUUAUUUAAGUUAAUUUCCUUUGCUUCUGAUGUGUUAAUUUAAAUCUUUUUUUGUAAGGGGGUUGUUGGAAAGAAAGUGGCAUUGCACUGAUAUUGAACAUGUACAUAAAAAGUGUUUGUAAAUUAGCCAAUUAAAAACCUAUGUAUUUGAAUAUGAACUGUACAAAAUACUGUACUUGUAGUUGUAUAUGGAGUGAUACUAUUGAUCUGUAACAAAUACCAAGGUAACAAAUUAAAUUCUGCUGAAGAAAUGGAA